AUGUAUAGCAAAAAGAAAAAGAUAAAGCGCCACGAUGUGAUCUACGACAACAUCUCCAGGGAUGCGAUACCCAAAAGGGGUUACUACUCGGAAUUGGUUUCUGAAAUUACUAAGGAUGAUCCUACAAAAGACUUAUGUGCUAAAAAGCGAAUGAAACUAAUAUUACAGGCCAAAACGGAGAAAUUAGCGCCCACCCUUAUAUCGCUGCCGAAACCUCAUAAACCAAAGUUACUUCUUCCACCCGGGCGUUGGACUACAUAUAAAGAAGAUGACAGUGUUCAAUUCCCGUUUGAGGCAUUUGUGCCAAAGCUUCAGUUCUUGGCAGUGGUACUGCCUAAGGAGCUGCCGCGACUGGUCAAGAUCGAGAGACUACGCAGGAAAUUCCUUGCUGCCAACUUGAAGAAAAUGCUCCGGCAGGUGGGAGUCCAGCCAUACUGGCUGCUGCCCCCUUCGGAGUAUGAACUGACUGACCAGCAAUACUACGGACUUUACAGCACGUUCCCUAAACUGCCACUCGAAGUCUUUGAUAACACUGAUUUCGAUUGUCGUACAGACACGAUAGGAGCCAAAAAGAAGAGAGAGAAGUCCCAAGCGCAGGCCACACCGCGAACGAAGCUAGCUAACUUACAUGCAACCAACUAUGCCUGCUAA